GCGGAUCGCAGCUCCUCGUCACCAACAAUUAUCUCCGGAAAAGCGAAACAAAGUGUUGGUGAUUUGUGCUCGGAGGAGUGUGUGAACGAUUUCGUGUUCACGUUUCGUCAGGGCGUGUACAUGCAUAACAGAUACAUAUACGAGAUCGACCGUUAUCGAGAUAAUUUCAAGUUUAACAAGCGAAUAAUUGGCUAUUCUACCUCUGCAACUUUGACCACCAGUGAUUAUUUCAGUGGAAAUGUUCCUAGGGAUUCCAGAGUGACGAGGGACUAGGACAGAGCGGAUGAUGGACUGACAGGGAAACCAAAGUAGAACACAUGAGAAGAGAGUAAAGGAAUUCACUCGGUGGUGGGGUGGAGCCAAUUAAUCUUGAAAAAGAUAAUAGACAUUUGGGUGAAUCCGAUACAGCCAAAAUGCCUGCUAUACCCAGGCCUGGUAGUCUCAAGGAUCCCGAGGUUGCCGAGCUCUUUGGCAACUACGAUCCUGAGAACAUAUUCGAGGAUCUCAGGGAAAUAGGGCAUGGAAGCUUUGGGGCUGUUUAUUAUGCACGAUGCCUACUCACCAACGAAAUCGUUGCCAUCAAGAAAAUGACCUAUUUGGGAAAGCAGACUGUCGAUAAGUGGCACGACAUACUCAAGGAGAUAAGAUUCUUGAGACAGCUGAACCAUCCUAAUACUAUUGAGUAUAAGGGCUGUUAUCUUAGGGAUCAUACAGCAUGGCUUGUUAUGGAGUAUUGUGUUGGCUCAGCCUCCGAUAUCAUUGAAGUACACAAACGAGCGCUAAAAGAGGCCGAAAUAGCAGCAAUUUGUGAGGGUGUACUGCGUGGCUUGCACUACCUCCACUCUCUUGGCAGAAUACAUCGUGAUGUCAAAGCUGGAAAUAUACUGUUGACUGAAAACGGCACUGUCAAACUCGCUGACUUUGGCUCCGCCAGCAUAAACUGCCCGGCCAACAGUUUCGUGGGGACACCAUACUGGAUGGCACCAGAAGUUAUUCUGGCCAUGGACGAGGGACAGUACGAUGGCAAAGUCGAUGUCUGGUCGUUAGGAAUCACGUGUAUAGAAUUGGCGGAGAGGAAGCCACCGUAUUUCAACAUGAAUGCUAUGAGUGCGCUGUAUCAUAUUGCUCAGAAUGAUACACCAACGUUAAAUUCCCCAGACUGGUCUGAUGUUUUUGGAAACUUCGUGGAAGUCUGUUUGACGAAGAGUCCUAAUGAUAGGCCAUCAUCUGGGGAGUUAUUGUCGCAUGGAUUCGUAACAAAAACACGUUCCCCCCAAGUCCUGAUCGACCUGAUUCAGCGUACAAAAGGAGCAGUUCGUGAAGUGGACAACCUGAACUACCGUAAAAUGAAGAAAAUCCUGAUGAUAGAUGCGUGCGAGAGUGAGAGUCAAGUUGGCGAUGCCGAUGACACUCCAGACGAGCAAACAGGUGGUGACAGUAGCAAGAGUAACUCAAUAACAUCAGAGCACUCAAUUCACUCGAUGGGUGUGUCAGCGAGUUCCCAAAGUUCCUCGACCAAUAGUCUACCACUGCCGAACGCGAACGAGGCCAAUGACUAUUCCUCAGGCUCAGCGAGGAAUCGCCACAAAAUAUCAGCCGGUGUCACUGCCAAUUUACUGGAGCACGGUGCCAAUAAUUUUGCAACAAUAAGAACAACGUCGAUUGUUACUAAACAACAGAAGGAGCACAUGCAGGAGGAGAUGCAUGAGCAGAUGUCUGGGUACAAGAGAAUGAGGAGGGAACAUCAGGGAGCUCUUGUCAAGCUCGAGGAGCGAUGUAAAAUGGAAGUGGAGUCACACAAGCAACUGCUGGACAAGGAGUACGAGACACUUCUCCAGCAGUUUAGCAAGGACCUCGAGAAACUGCAGUUCAGGCAUUUGCAGGAGCUUGAGAGGAAAUUGAAGCAGAAUCAAAAUGCUGAGAAAAAACUCCAGAAGGAGAUCGUCAGCAGGCAGGAUGCGGAUCGAAAGGCGUUGGAGACACAGCAGAAACGUGAGUACAAGGCGUACAAGGAGAGGUGGAAAAAGGAGCUCUCUCAGGAUGAAGUAACACCCAAACGCCAACGGGAUGCUACACUCCAGAGCCAGAAGGAUAAUCUUCGGCAGAUGGAGGCGCAGGAAGAGCAGCGACUUGCUAGGGGACAGAGAGAAUAUCUUGAUUUGGAGAUACGAAAGUUUCGGAGAAAAAAAUUCCUCAUUUUUCAUAGUCUCGAGCAGGAGCUCCUGCGUGAGGAACUCAAUAAACGCCAACAACAGUUGGAGCAGGCGCACGCGAUGCUGCUGAGACAUCACGAGAAAACCCAGGAAUUGGAGUACAGACAGCAGAGAGCGGUGCAUUCGCUGAGAGAGGAGCAAAUACAGCGGCAACAUGCCACCGAGCUUUGCAAUCAGCAGGAGUAUAUGCAGCGAGCUGAACGCGAUCUGCGAAAAAAACAUGCCCUUGAACUGAAGCAACAGCCCAAGAGUUUGAAGCAGAAGGAAAUGCAGAUUAGGAAACAGUUCAGGGAGACCUGCAAAAUACAGACGCGUCAGUACAAGGCCCUCAAGGCCCAGAUACUCCAGACGACGCCCAAGGACGAGCAGAAGUCGGUUAUUAAGAAAUUGAAGGAGGAGCAGAGGCGAAAGUUGGCAUUACUCGGGGAUCAGUAUGAGCAGAGCAUCGCGGAGAUGUUACAGAAACAGAGCAUCAGAUUAGACGAAUCACAGGAGGUCGAAUGCCAUCAUCUUAAGGAGAGGCUCAAUUAUGAACUAGAGAUAUUGAUGGCAUAUCAGUCGAAAAACAAAAUGCAGGCCGAGGCUCAGCGUAACCGUGAACGACGUGAAUUAGAGGAUCGUGUAUCAGUGAGACGGGCUCUCCUCGAACAAAAAAUGGAACUAGAGACUCAGGAAUUCCUUCAAGAACGUAGCGAGAGAAUACGUUUGUUGCAUGAGAGACAGGAACGUGAGGUACAACAAUUUGACGAGGAGAGUGCGAGAAUUGGCUUUAGUGCUCUAGCAAUUGCCGAAGCAUCUAAAGAGUCUUACCCGGACGACGAGAGCCUCAGUGGUUCAAUGCUGAGUCUAGCCCACAGCAAUAGCUCCACAUCAUUUCCUCCAAAUAGUCUUUAAUUACAAUAAUCGUCAAUAUACCUAAUACGGCCACACGUUCAACAACGACUCGUGCACUACAAUGAGUCGAUAGUACAGUGGGACUAAUUACUAUUAUUUCUUUAGUUUAUUUUUUUUAUAUAGAAACUCGAGUCAGUAGUUAAUUGGUAAAACGAAGAUGAAUUUUAAAUACAUUUGGGGAUUCUUCUGUGAAUAUUUGUGGAGUGAGGUAGAAAUUUCAGAUGACCUUUUUAAACCGAGUUAAUGAAUCGUGAUGAAGCAAUUGGAAAAACCAUGAAUUUUUGGUCUUAGAGAUAUUUGCAAAAUGAAUAUUUUUCGAGCUUGCAAUUGCUGAAUAAAAAUAUUCGACGUAAUGCAGCCAAUACCCUGAAAACUCCUGAAUUGAGGUAAAAUGUCAGAAAAUAAUUAAUGAUAGUUUCUUACAAAGAGGUCUACUGACAUUUCUUCCCAUAACAACUAGUUUCAAAUAUAUUUACACAACAAUCUGCUCUUUACCAUUUCACCACUGGAGUUAACAUUGACAAACUCACCGCAAGAUUCAUUAUCCAUUGAAAAGAAAGAAAAAGUCUCUGUAUGAGAACGCUAGCGUAAUUGUGUACGUGUGUAGUAUCCUGUCGAGUCCUCCAUUGAGAACAAAUGACCUUCCUUUUAAUAAAUUACCCCCGCUCUUUCCUCGCCAACAGUGAAAUGAAUCCAUAAAAAUUGAGACGAAAUGAAGAGAGACAGACUCCGACGACCACAAUGGGAUCCAUUAUCUGGCCAUCAUCUGCUUCGAGAUCACUCCCUUGUAUAAUUUGUGUUCACGUAGUCGAAUAAUCGAGAAUCAGUUGAUUUGCGCCACCUCGUUCGCUCCCAUAAUUUUCGAUCCGCACCAAGUCUUGUAACUGAGGUAGUCAUUAGUGAAGUGGUGAGGGGAAAAGUAACUUCAAAUACCCGAGUUCAUUGUUCUGGAUAAAAACGUCGAGAACGAGUGAUCUUACAGACAAUUUUUUUUUAUUUUAAAUUUAAAAAAUUUCUUGACUUUCUCUUUACAGAUCAGCAUUCCUCGCGAAUUUUUAAACAAUCUGAACAAUUAAAUGCCCAAUAGUUAAUCGAUGUUAUCGCUCGUUGUUUUGAAACAAAAAAAUCAAAAUAGGAAAAAAAACCUUGGACUUUGCCACUUCAUUACUGAACCAAUCACAAAUGAGGAAAAAAAAUAAUACUUUCCAAUUUUGAUCACCACAUUGUCACAAAUUUCCAUUGAAUACUUUAAUCAUAAGCGAGAAUAACUCAUCGAUGUAUUGUUGUAAUGCCACAUUGUGCCAUCAUGAAUUACAACCAUAAUUCACGUAACAAUUGGAAUUACACUGAGGUGCAAUACACUAAGUCGUGGGCUCGGUAAUUUAACGAAUGAAAAUUUUUACGCUUAAUUGUAAUCAGUGUUCAAUAACGAGCACAUUAGGCUACAAAAUUCUUUUUUAUUACUCAAUCUUCUGUUCAAUAAUUCCCUAUUUUUUCUUUUAAUAUGCUGUGAUGUUACUUGACAAAAUUAAAAGAAAAAAAAAAUUAUUAUAACAACAAUCAUCUGAAUCUCAAUGUUGUCGUCAAGCGUCGUGUACAUAGUGUCUACCGACAAUUUUAUACGCAAAAGAUGGGAUUAAUUGAUUCACCGAUUGAUGAUAAACGUUUUGAGAGGUCAGACAGCGUUUUAGGUAAAAAAAUGAUUUAAUUAGGAAGAGUAACUAGUGACCAAAAUAAUUGGUCAACUCCAGUUGUGUUGAUUACCACGAGAAUGACAUUUGUUUGUAUUAUAAGUAAUUCCUGCGAGUAUAUAUCAAUCAACUAUUAAUAGAUUAAAUACAGUUCCAUUAAGUGAAAGAUAAAAAGCAAAAAGUAAUUAACGAUAUGAUAAUAAUAUGAUAAUAUUAUCAGCAAAAACAAUAAUAAUAUUCUAACGAUAGUACGAUUAAUAAUUAAUAUUGCACUUUGCUAUCCUCAAGGGGUUUAAACAGAGAGAGCUUGUUCGUCGGUGUUUGUAGGUCAGAGCGCAUGUGAGAGGACUUUUUUCCGGGGACAGCCCUUUUUAUUCUGUUGCGUAGGGAGAAUUACCUCUAGUGGACGUUCUGCAGCGUUGAGAUUUUUGGGGGAAGAUUUUGAAUGCGACACUGAGUUUAAUUCGGGAUAAAAAUUAUGACAUUCCAAAUUUUCAAAUAGCAAGACGACAAAUACAUGCCAUGUCAAUUUAUAUUGAUUUGAAUUUUUCUUGUAAUAAUUAAAUUAAAAUCGGUAAUUCACCGACUUGGUAACAACAUUCUAAUUUUUUCACUUUGACGUUAAGAAUUUAAAUGGAUCUGUGAAACCGUCUGGUUUCUUCGCGCAACAUUGAUCAGAUUUUUAAAUAAAUAUGAAGCCAAAAAACGUUCAAAACUGCAAGACAUCCACAUUAGUAGAUAGUUUUAAUUAACGAACGAUUGAUUUCACCAGCUGAAUUCGUGGACAUUCCGGGCACUGGGCAAUCCACGCUGACAACGGUAACAGAUUACCGGGCUACAUACCAAACAGCAUGGCAAGAGCAUUAAAAAAUUGUUUGCAACGAUUAAAAUUCGCAGUGAUAAGAAAAAGUAAAAAAAAAAUCUCGUCAUGGAAAAUGUUAUUUUGCAUUUUGAAUUAACUAGGGAUAAAUAUAUGGAAGAAACAUUAGAAAUGUUUUGUAUUGGCUCUGAGCAUUUGAGAAAUCCUGUUUUGAGCAACGAAAAGAUAAUCAAAUGAAUGAGUAACAAUAUUUAUUACAUAUUUUAUACAAGUCUUCCCGUACAUAUCUUUUAUUAUCAACAACGAUGAUACAAGAUUAAUCAAUUUCUAUCCAUUUAUACAUAUAUAAAAUAAACGUAAAUCAAUUUCCAAAGGUUUUCAACAAAAGAGAAGGUAGACUUCGAGAAAAAAAAUGAUGCCUGAUGGCACUUUACAAAUUAAAUUGACGUUUUCUUUGUGUUUCUUUCUUCAAUCGUCUUUCUUUAUUUUGAGUUUAUUGGGUGGGGGAGAAGGACGUGGGGCGGAGAAUGCGACAGUGCAUCUCUCGGAUAAGAGGAACUGUGUAGGCGACACACUCGUCCCAACCUGGGGAACGCCAGGCGCUCUCGCGUGUCUCUUUUCUUGAUUGGAGA